CGUAAUUAACUUAAUCAUUAAUCUCUGGGUUUGUUUCGAUGUUGAUGUUUUCCUUUCGUUUAAGUACAAUUUUACUGUUAGGUCUGUUGGAGUCCAUAGAUAAUUUAAGUCUGCAGGCCUCGAAUUUUUUCAACGCAGUUUUCUGCGCAGAGAAUUUCAUGACAACCCCGCAAUCAGCAAACUGUGCACGUGUGUGCGCGUGCGUGCGUGUGCGUGCAGUCUGCAGCCGCUGCAAUCAGGAGGAGCGUGUCUGCGGCCUCUGAUUCCUGCACAGGAUGCGAAGAGUCAACAAGGAGGCCAUUUACUCCCAAUUAGGGAAAUGAAACAGGACAGGGGGUGGAUGGGGGAGUGGGGGGUAUCACCGGACAGCAGCAGAGGCGGCGGCAGGAUGGCGGCACAGCCCCCCCCCCAAUCCUACUCCCCUUCUUAAAAAAAAUCAAGGUGCGCACGAAGACAUCUAUGGCGGCUUUUAUUUUGCUAUGCGCAUGUAAUGGACAGGCAAGUGACGAUAACGAACCGCCUGGAGAGCCCCAUCACGCCGAAUAACCUGGACAACCUGCAGGCGAAGAAGAACUUCUCGGUCAGCCACCUGUUGGACCUGGAGGAGGCUGGAGAGAUGGUCGGCACGCAGGCGGACGAGAGCGUCGGGGAGGCCGGCAGGAGUAUGCUGGAGUCCCCGGGACUGACCAGCGGGAGCGACACCACCCAGCAGGAGAAUGAGCAGAUGAACACAGAGGAGAAGAAGAAGAGGAAGCAGCGCAGGAAUCGCACCACCUUCAACAGCAGCCAGCUCCAGGCUCUGGAAAGGGUGUUUGAAAGGACGCACUACCCCGAUGCUUUUGUCAGGGAGGACCUGGCCCGCCGGGUCAACCUCACCGAAGCCAGAGUCCAGGUUUGGUUCCAGAACCGAAGAGCCAAGUUCCGCCGAAACGAGAGAGCCAUGCUGGCCAGCAAAAACGCCUCCCUCCUCAAGUCCUACUCAGGAGAAGUGACGGCGGUGGAGCAGCCCAUCGUGCCGCGCCCCGCCCCUCGCCAGAACGAUUACCUAUCCUGGGGCAGUGCUGCCCCUUACAGCUGGUAUCCCAUGCUGGAGGGGGGGCCGGCGCGAGUGCCACAGAAAAUGCUGCCCUCAGAGAACAACGCCAUGGCCACCUACCCGCCUACCUGCUCCAACACCAACACAUCCCAGGGGAUGAACAUGGCCAACAGCAUCGCCAACCUGCGGCUCAAAGCCAAGGAGUACAGCUUGAACCAGGUGCCAACGGUCAACUGAGAGUCCCACCAACAGCCGAGGUUUGGAGGGCUGCUGAUGGCAGGAUUUUGUGACUUUCUUCUAUUCCUGAGCUGAUUUCCUGCUCGUACCAAAGAGCCGUGGAUGCUGCAGCCGAAUGUCGUCUUGAUUGCGAUCGUGACUGUAACCGAGGACGAUCUCCAGUCUCAAGACUUGUUUUUUUUUUUUUUAAAUGGAGACUCCCACACAUGGAAUAACCUCCCUGUCCUUUCUUCUGGGGUUUGGAUGGAGAUAUGCACCACAAGUGCUACCAACUUCUGUCUUUUUUUAUAAAAGAAAACAUCCAGCAGACUUUGUCUGACAUUUACUCCAAUUUUUUAAGAUAGUUUUUUUUUCUUCCCACAUUUCUUUUCCAUGUAAUACCACUGAGAAGCAACCCAUUUUGAUGUCUAUGUUAUAGUCCAGUAUAAAAGAAGAAACUAAUGUAUUUCUGAAUCCAGAACCAGUAGAUGAUUCCAUAUGAUAUCCUUUAUUUGUAACAGAACCUUGUAUGUUAAUAAAAUGCGAUUCAAGCAAUGCAGCA